ACAUAAAAAACAGUUUCUCUCUUCUCUUUGUGCUUCAGUUAAAACACGAUUGGAAAUGUGAAGCAACUAAGGAGCCUGCUAAAAAAUCAGCAAACAAAAUAUUAAAUUUUAUAUUACUAACUACAUAAUCAAAGCGGAUAUAUAUCAACGUGUUUAAUAAGAAAUAUUAAAGAAAACUGAGGCGACUUUAACUGCUACUGUAACUGCACAUAAAUUAUUUAUCAUGUCAGUACAGCAGUUUUGCCUACGUUGGAAUAACCAUCAGCCAAACUUUAUAUCAGUUUGUUCAUCACUACUACACAAUGGUACAUUAGUUGAUGUAACAUUGGCUGCUGAGGGCAGACAACUGCAAGCACAUAAGAUAGUACUCUCUGCUUGUAGUUCAUAUUUUCAAACCCUCUUCACAACAAAUCCAUGUCAACAUCCGAUAGUUAUACUUAAAGAUGUACAAUAUGACGAUCUUAAAACAAUGGUCGAUUUUAUGUAUUAUGGCGAGGUAAACGUCUCUCAAGAGCAACUGCCUCACAUACUUAAAACCGCAGAAAUGCUCAAAAUUAAAGGACUAGCUGAAAUGCCCACCGAUCCUGCCAACUUAACAAAAUCAGAAAGUAAAUCAUCAAAUGAAGCAACCGAACUUAUGGGUAGUGCAGGAAAUAGUCAAGGCGGUGGUGCUAGUAGUGGUGGUCUAGGUAGUAGUACCGGUGGUAGUGUAAGCGAUUCACUAUGGGGCAGUACGGAAUCACAAUUUCAACAACAGCAUCAUCAUCAACAAUUGCAGCAGCAACAACAACAGCAGCAGCAACAACAACAGCAGCAACAACAACAGCAGCAGCAACAACAGCAUCACCACCAUCAACAGCAACAUCAUCAACAGCAACAAAAUAGUCAAACGCAAACUACACAUCAUCAGCUGAGACGUACACCAUCACCAUUAGGCGCUGGUGCAUCACCAGCUACAAGAAGAAAACGUUUACGUAAAUCUUCUAAUAAUGGUUCAGGCGAUCGUAAUAAUUCAGAAGAUCCACAUAAUACAUCAUUAGAUGCUGGUAAUACAGCUGCAGGAAUAACACUUUCACAGAUGAAUCAAAUGUCAUUCAAUACAGGUGGUAAUGCUGGUACAUUAGGUGUUAUUGGCGCCCAUUCUCUACAUACAACUAAACUUUUAAAGGAUAAUAGUAGUACAGAUUUAGAGCCACAUGCACACGAUUCGGAUAGUUUAGAUGACACCCAUGGACACGUACAUAUGCAAAUUAAACCUGAGGUAGAUAUUAGUGGCGUCCAACAGUCUAUUCCUCUUGAUAUAUCGGGAGCUACAACACCAUCGGAACAUGACGCACCUAAUUCUCAAUCAUCACACUCAGGUUCACAACAUCCAACAACGCCGACAAAUUAUUCCACAACCGAUAAUGUUGCACGAAAUUUAAGCAUUUCUGCAUCUAUAGAAGGUCCAAAUAAUUUACAACAUCAAAUGGGCUCAAAACGCAAUCGAAUACUUACACGACAGCCGCGCGUUAAACGCGAUAGCGAUAGUCUUUCAAAUAGCCAAGUAUCACCUGAACCUCUAACACCUACAACCGAUUUUGAUUUUAGUAACAUGGCUACAACAGCUACAAAUAGUUCACAUUCUACUUAUCACCUAACUGGUCAUCAGCACGCACACGUACAACAUCAUCAUCAUUUGCUAACCGUGCCACCGCGUAUAGAAAGGCAUUCUUCGGAACCAGCGCCUAGCAUAAGCUCAACAUCUCCACAUUUGUUAUCAGUGCCACAAAGUACACCAUAUCUAAUAAAGCAACACUCUGAUCCUUUAUUGCCUACUCAACAUUCAACUAUAUCAUGUGGUAGUUUUAGUAGCAGUGGCACAAAUCCAUUGGCACCACUGCACCGGCAAUAUUCACAUCCAUUGCCGGGUACCAGUAGUGGUAAUAGUAAUAACAGUCAUAUCUCAAGCGCACCACUACAUCAUUCGCAUCAUAUAUCGCUACCUGAAUCAAUAUAUGCGUCUGGUUCACCACCACCAGCUGGGUCAUCGCACUAUGUGGUUCCACAGCGAGAAACAAUUACUAGUUCUGCUAUAAAUACAAGUAGCAAUGAUGCGACUACAUCAAUUUCGUCUCCAACAAUUUCUACUAUCAGUCCAACAAAAACUCUAAGUUUACCACAUUUCACAACUACACAUGUAGGAGAUAAUGGUCGUUCGAAUCCAAAUACUCCGGUACCUGUACCGGAAAGAAAUAUAACUGAAUCUGAAACAAUUUCAAGCGCAAAAUUUAAAAUUUCGAAAUCUAUGUCAGGUGUAUUACUUAGUGAAAGGAGCAGCCUACAUCCAGGAUCUGCCGCUGUACAAAGUAGUUCGUUUGAGCACUUACCAACAAUACGACCUAAGAAUGAGGAGCUACAGCGAUCGGUGUCAUCUCCACAAACCUCACGGGAGAUCAUCACUUUGGAAAAUCCUCGUUCUAGUCAUUGUCCUGUCAUUAGACCGGGGCCAGCAUUGGGUUGUAAUUUUUGUUGGAAUACAAUCGAUGGACAUGGUAGAAUUUUGCGGCGCAAAACUAAAUACCACUGUCCCGAAUGCCAAACAAAUUUGUGUAUUGUGCCAUGCUUUCAGGAAUACCAUGAAAGAAUGAAUAAUGAAGCAGCUUCAACCUCAAAUACGUCAAGUAAUGAUAAUAGUAAAAACUUUUCUAGUACAACUGGAAGCGGUAGCAGUGUAACGCGACAUUAUACCAAAACAGAGUCAAUCUAAAUUGGUUCCAAAAUUUUUUUGUAAGUUUUCUAAAGUGCUAACAAAGCACUAUUGAAAACUUUUACUUUGGUA